CUUCGUUUGCUUCGCCUUCGACCGGGCACGAGGGAGCUGCCGAUCCAGGGUGAUCUCAUCGUACGACCGGUAUUUGAGGGAAACAUAUCCUACAUCGCGUUAUCGUACUCUUGGGGCACCCAUGCGAAAACCCAAACCGUCUUUCUCAGAGCCGGCAGAACGAGUCUGAACAUCUCCCCUCAUCUGCAUGCCGCGCUUCGCCAUCUACGAGAUCAAGAACGUUGCGUCGACGUCUGGGUCGAUGCCAUAUGCAUCAACCAAGAAAACGACCUCGAGCGCACGGCGCAAGUCCAAAUCAUGGCGCAAAUCUACAGCCAGGCGGAUGAAGUCCGAAUCUGGCUCGGU